AUGGCCUCCACCUCAACCUCUGAUGUUCCGUCUAGAGUUUCGAAGGUGAAAAAAGACCGGACGCAGCUGUGCGACGAGUUUGCUGCGAUAGCGGGAACGGACAGCGCCGUGGCUCGGUGUUAUCUGGCUGAAAACGACUGGCAGAUGGAGAGAGCUUUAAACUCAUUCUAUGAGGCAGACCUGGAGAGAGUAUUUGCAGAAGAUUUUGAAGAAAAUGACAACGCCCCUCAAAAUAAGAGGCAGAGGACUGAGAAAACCACCUCAACAGAUUGCAUCGAUUUAACCAAAGACAGUCCGGCUGCACGGAAACCCUCGGAUGAAGACGACCACAAACUCUCUCUGAUCUCCUGGAACGUAGACGGGCUCGAUACAGACAACCUUGUAGAACGAGCCAGAGGCUUUUGUUCUUUUUUAGUCCUGUACACUCCUGACGUGGUGUUCCUGCAGGAGCUCAUCCCACCCUACGUCCAGUAUUUGAAGAAACGAGCUGUUAGUUACCUGAUCAUUGAAGCCGGGGAAGACGGUUACUUCUCAGGAAUGAUGCUGAAAAAGUCCCGAGUCAAAUUCUUGGAGAGUGAGAUCAUAACUUACCCCACAACCCAGAUGAUGAGGAAUCUCCUCGUAGCUCAGGUGACUUUUAAAGGCCAGAAGUUGUGUCUGAUGACUUCUCACCUUGAAAGUUGUAAAGGCUACGCAAGAGAGCGGAUGAAACAGCUGCAGGUCGUGAUGCAGAGGAUGAAAGACGCUCCAGCUGACGUCAACAUCCUGUUUGGAGGGGACACGAACCUGCGGGACACCGAGGUGGCAAAAGUGGGCCUGCCUCCGAGUGUCUGCGAUGUGUGGGAGCGACUGGGCAAACAGGAGCACUGCCGCUACACCUGGGAUACCAAAGCUAACAACAAUAAAACCGUUCCGUACGUCUGCCGCUGUCGCUUCGACCGCGUCUACCUCCGCCCAGCUACCCAGGAAGGAGUCCCACGUCUGGCCCCUGAUCACAUGGCACUGGUGGGGCUGGAGAAGCUGGACUGUGGCCGUUACACGAGCGAUCACUGGGGGAUUUACUGCAGCUUCGCCGUUGAAUAGAAACUUGGCUCCUGUUUUAUGUGAUUUCUGUCUGUAAAUGUAACCAAAAUGACUUUUAAUGUUUUUUUCUUUUAAUUAGA